UAAUUUUAUAAAUUUGUUUUGAAUAAAACAAUUCUCUAAAUUUUCAAAUUUUUAUUUUCCUCAUUAGGUGAGAAAUGCUGGAAGCCUAUGGUUUGCGACGGGAAACCUAUUUGGAGUGACGUCAAUACGAAGGGACAGUGCACAAAAGAAGAAGAGAAGACUUUGGAAGCUUUAACGGAGAAAGUUAAUCAGAUGGAAAGUGCGCUUCAUCAAAUACAAGAGGGAAUAAAUGUCAAAGUAACUACCAUGUCACACGAUGAAAUUUGUGCUGUCGUUUACAAUUCCAAGUGUUUCCGAGCGAUCGUUUAUGAGAUGUGGGACGUCACAUCAAGCGAUGCUGAAUCUCUUUGCGGGAACAGACUGGCUAACAUUUAUAACGUCACACACUACAACCUGCUUCGAGAUUAUUUACGACCAAUGAUUCCUGAUGGUCAUACAUACAUUUGGGUUCGUACGGGAAUGACUUACGAGAACGGUCAGCUAUAUUCAACAACGGGCCAAACUAUAUCUCUGCCAACUGAGGUUUGGUUUCCUGAUACCCCGCAUUUCGAUGCAUCGCUCACAACUGUUGUUGUUCGUGUCAGUCGAUACCCGCAGGACAGCUAUCAAGGAAUUUACAAUGAGAAAUCUUCCACCAAAUUUAACGGAGCCAUCUGUGAAAAUGAAUCAUAACUCUGUCCAUUGACUAAUUGAUAAACAAAAGAAAAUGUAGAAUUACUUGAGUUUGAGAGUUAUUGUUAUUUGACCUAUUAGCCUAAUUGAAACUUCAAAUUACUAUUUCCACAGUUGAACAAGCCUAUGCUCUUAUAUUCUCGAAUAUAACCCCUUAUAUAGUCUACAGACGGGUUGUGAGAAUUACUAUUAAUAACGUGUUCGAAACGGUCAAUUUACCGAUACCUUUAU